UAAAAUAUCACGAAUUUCUUAUCUGUGUAACUGUGCUGUGUGUAAUGAUUUGGGAUCUGUGAACGUCUUUUGGUGUUUUGUGGAUGCGGUACAAUUGUACAAUUUUAUAAGAUACGGUGAAUUAAUAAAUUAAAAUGUCUCGUUCCGUUCGCGCCGAAACACGCAGCCGUGCCAAGGAUGAUAUUAAAAAAGUUAUGAACGUUAUAGACAGGGUCAGACAUUGGGAAAAGAAAUGGGUUACGAUAGGGGACACGACUAUGAAAAUUUUCAAAUGGGUCCCGGUUACAAGCAGCGAGACAACUAAAAAAAUCCGACAUAGAGAAAACAAGGAGAACGUUUCGCGGAAAAGCGGGCUUUGCGUGGUCGACACGUCCAACUCUAACUCGAAUUUCAGUUUGGCCGAGGACUCCAAUACUUGUUUUUCAACCGUCAGCGAUUCGCAAGGUCCCACAGACUUUUCUUCAUCGCACAUGACAUUCUCGGACGAUUCAAAUUCGCAGGGUAGCGAAAUGGUGUCGGUGAAGAGGCUCAAGACUGAGUAAUGAAACUUUUAACUGAUCUUAUUGUUGGUUGUACAACAAAUACUGUAUAUAAUUUGAAUCUUUUAAUCAAGGUGAAUUAAGUAAUAAUAUUAAAAUGUGAUUUUCUAGUUGUAAUAAUCGAUUAUCCCUUAGUAUUUAAGAGAAAUAUAUAGGAAUACAAACAGUAUUGUUUGGGUUUUAAAUCAGGUAC